GGACAAGAGUACAGAGAAAAAACUCCAGAUGGCGCUUAUUCUGGUCUCUGUCAUUCUCGGGGCUCUGUGCAUAAUCUUGGCCAUUGUGCUAUGCUGUACCUAUAAGCGGUACAGGAGAAAGCUGAAAGCGCAACUGCGAUGGCAUAUGUCAACUCUGGAGUUGGGCCCGACGAAGCUGAUCUAUACAAGGUGGACAUCCCAGGAACAAACAUGCAUGCCUACGAAAACUCUAAUCCUGUUUACUUGGAGAAAAUUAUCCUGGAAGGAGAUGAUGACGGACAGAUUUCCCUGGACGAGAACGCUCUCUCAGAUUCUGGAAACUUCGAGGAACAAGAAGUCGCCAUGAAUAUCUACCCCAACGACCGUGAAGCUAACAACAACCACCGCAAUAGAGUUGGCUUCUAUCUGAAGGCUGCUAUCUCUGAAAACGAGACUUUCAAAAACCUUCAGUCAAACGACGUGGAGAAGGACCAAUGGGACAACAAGAUGAUGAUGUCGUCCUCUCCCGCCUCAUCGCACUCCUUAGCCUCACCAACAAGACAUAGCGGCGGGUCAGAAGCUCAAAGAAAUUUUGACCUUCGACCUCAACCGUUGAUGUUCAGAGCAGGGCAUGCAAACGAUACAUUUUACUUUGACGAGUCUGAUGAACACUCUGAAGGAACAGGGACGCUUUCCUUCAACGAUCUGCCUCUCACUGAAAUUUGAAAUUUGAGAAAGUCUGAUCGGGUUCAGCUUGCAAAGAUCUCGUUGCCAUGACUUCGUCAGUGGAUUUGAACUACUUCAGUCUGAGCGCCAUCUCUCCUGACAAAGAGAUGGAAGUGAGGGUAGACACACAGGGUCGAAGGGGGAGAAUAUUCUAGUCAAAGAUAUCAAGGGAAUGUCGGGGAACAAGGGUCUAGACACAGAACUGCCAUCCUGGUCUCUGUACAUUGCAUGGUAUCCAGGUUCAAAGUUUACAAACUCAGGCGGAAGAGCUUAUGCUGGUUGAGAACUUUGUGAAGCCCAGUUCCAUAGUUUAUAAGCCCAGGGUUUGAACUACGUGCUGUUCACAUUACAAACAGUCCAUACUUACUUCACGUGCCAUUGUUUAUUUUGCCUUUAAAACAAUCUGAGGGGAGACAUGAUCUCGCGCUGUGGUCACAAGACGAGCUUUAUGCAAGGACUUGUCCAGGGGUUAAUGUGAUGGUGUCAGAUCAUGUGUUGUCUCUGCUAACACUUGACAAGAGAAUCAAACAAAAUUUUCUUGAAAUCGCCUCGAAAUGUUACUCGGAGAUCACAAACAUUAAGCAGGGAGAGAUAUUAUGAAAGACAUUGAUUCCUGGAUGAUCUCCCAUUUUUCUUUAAAAUUUAAAAAAAUUAGUCCGUGCUUUCAAUUUUGUGCACCCUUUCAGCUCUUUCAUUCUUUCACAUUAACUAUCAGUUAUAUUGCUGUUUGGUGACUUUUAACCUAAAAGCAUUGCAAGAACACUAUUUUUUAAACUUUAAACAAAACAUUUUCAAUGCAUGAUUUAAUUAAUAAUCAGCUUCAAAUCGGCAUAAGGUAUAUUUUUAAAACCCCUCUAAACUAUGGGCUGGCCUCAAGACACUUAUGAUACUUGAAAUAAACAGGUAGUUACCAGGUGACAUCGGUCACGUGUCAAGUGUCGGCAGGGGACCAUUUGCUAGUCCUUGCAGUGUGAAGAACACGUGGGAUUUGAUUGGUUCAUACAUGUGAUUUGUGUGCUUAACGAUACUUCAAAAUUACCCGGCUUCUCGUAUGCUAAUCAAAGUCUUUGUUAAUUCUUAAGACAUGUACAUUGAAGAUUGAUGUACACACGAUAAUAUUAUUGAUAUUGUUACCGAAUAUGUUGCAGUGUUUCCGCGCUUGUAUGAAUAGUUGACUGAAUGUGAGGAAGAGUCAGUGCAUGUGUGUUUGUGUGUGUGCGCUUGUGUGUGACGAGCAACAAUUCUAUUUAUUGUUAACUGAAACUGACUGCCAGCUAUUCAAAAUGUGAGUGAAAAAAGCCUUAAAUGUGCUUUCUUUGUUUGUGAAGGCAGAUGGUUUAUUUGUCAGCUGUAAAAGGACAAGUUUCUUCAUUGAAAUUCUGUCUCUGCAGCACUGGUCUUGCUACUUAGUCAAAGUGCCCUACAAAUACUGGCAACGAAUGUCAGCGAAUGUAUAGUCAUACAAAAAUAUAAACUGUGGACCUGUUUGCGGAAGAAGAGGGUUUAAAGAUGUUUCGUGGUUUGUGUGUCGGAUGCGAGCGAGGGUGUGCAUACUGAGGUGACAUGUACCCGGGCGUGUCUUUCAACUGCACUUGAGAACAGUGCUUGCUUACUCGCAUGCCAAAAAUGUUGUUUGAUGUUUGUAGUCUUGAAUAAGGCUACUACAGAUGUUGACGGAUGCGAUCUUAAUAUUUCGCUUUGUAAUAAGCUUUAGUAUUGUGCUUCUGACAUGUCGGGAAUUUACUAGAACACUUAUUGAGAGAACUUAUGCAUCUGGAAUAGCUGAGAAAUACUAACUCACGCACACAAAGGAAUGGACUAUAGAAAAUAAAUACAUUGUAGUUAUUUACUUCAAGGUAACAUACGUUUCAAGCAGUACAGAAUUUUCUUGGAUAUUCUGAUAUACUGAUUUUUGCUAACCUGUUUUUCCCAGCAGGCCUUGGUAAUGCUGGCUUCGUAUAUUUUGCUGUUGCAAAUUCUGUGCUACUUACACAAUCCAAGAUUAAAUGUGGAUUUUCGGCUUUACUUAUUCAGCUUAAUUGUAAAAAUUCAUUUGAUGAUCUCAGUCUAGUAUAACUAGCCAAGAUAGCAUGCAGUUCUAAAGUAAGUAUAUCCCUAGACGGAAGUGUUCUCACAGGGUUGUAGCACACCUGGCAGUCGUAACACAUUGAAGAGAAGGAGCGGAUGGUUGUUAUUGUCCAUGAAGCAAGCUGAUUUGUAUCAUAACUGUUAAAUUAUUCCUCCAUAAUGUUGAUAUUCACUAAGACUUUGCAAUGUAAAUAUGCCUGCCAUGUAAAGUGUGUAUAUAAAUGAACUCUUUCAGCGAGUGUUAAUUAAAAAAACUGUUAAUUGUU